AUGUCACAACGUAUAGGGAUCUUUCUUUGGGUGGUGUUCGCGUUUGCCUUUGUACGGGCUGAUCGGCAGCAAAUCGGCGUAGCUGCCGCAGGGGAGCUGCUGUUCGAGAUCGGAGACUCUGGUCUCAUAGCAAAUCGGAAACUGUCCUAUUGGAUGCCAAACGGUGCCGCGUUCACCAUCCUAGAUAUGUUUGGUCGGACGACUCUUGAGCCACACGAUGUAGAGAAGCUCGCCUAUGCCUAUUCACAAGACGGUUGCCAACUUGAUCAAGCAGUUGAAUACAAGGAUCUCUUUAAAUUAGUGCCGGAAGACUAUAAGUACUGGGACAUCAGCCAACAAGAAUUUGAGUACGACAACGGUGGCAGUCCGCAGCGAGUAACGGGAAAAAAAAUGGUUUUCCAUUCUCCACCCCAAGAUUAUCUCGAUGAAGUCGUAGAGGUGUGCUUCCGCCUGUACGACAAAACGUCGAAACACGAGAGCAUUUUGAUCUUCGGAAACAUAGCUAGAAACAGGUCGCCAAUUACAGUUAUAUUUCUGGCCAUCACCUCUCUCUCCUUACUCCCACUUGUCGAGCUGUAG